AUGAAUUUGUAUCUAUUUCUAAGCAUUGUUGUAAUCUACUGUUUUCCAACAGAAGAUUUAGUGAAAGAUUAUGCUAAAUUCAAUAUUCCUUAUACUGGAUAAUGGUACAAUAUUAUGAUUAUGAAAAUUACAGGUUUUCAGGAUAUUUAAGAAUUAAUGAUGAUGGGAGUAAAUAGUUUCACUACUUCAUGUUUCCAUAAUAAAAUCAAAAUAUGAGUGAUGAUAGUCCAGUAAUAUUAUGGUUGAAUGGAGGACCUGGAUGUUCUUCUUUAUAUGGUGCUUUGAAUGAGAAUGGUCCAUUUGUAUUUAAUUUAGGUACAAAUGAUUUGAGAGUCAAUCCCUAUUCAUGGACAAAUACUGUAAUGAAUUUGUAUUAAUUGUUUAGGCACAUAUGUUCUAUUUGGAAUCUCCGGCUACAGUUGGAUUUUCAUAUGGUGAUGAGCACACUAGUGACGCAAGUUCAGCUAAAGAUAAUUUGUAAGCAGUGAUCGAAUUCUUUAAAAAGUUUCCUGAACUUAGCACUCAUCAAUUUUAUAUUAGUGGAGAGAGUUAUGCUGGAACAUACAUUCCAUUAUUAGCGAAUGAGAUCAUAGAAUAUAAUAAAAAUGCUACAAAAAGAAUAAAUCUAAUUGGAUUGAUGAUUGGAAAUGGUUGUACAGAUUAUACAGAAUGUACAAUUGAAGCAAAGAGAUUUCCUAUUCAUAAAUUUGAGUUUAUGCAUAGUCAUCAUUUAAUAAGCGAGAAAUUAUGGGAAGAAAUAGAUUCUCAAAGAGAUAAUUGUUUCAAUUCAACCACUUAAUAUUGUAAGGAUCUCUAUGCCAAAACCUAAGAGGAAAUCAAUCUAAGUUAGUAAGUCAAAUUCCAAUAAUAAUAAUAGUGAAUUUUAUUACAAUCCCUAUAACAUUUAUGGAAAAUGUUAUCAAUUGCCAAUCACUAAAUUUAAUGGUGAAACUAUUCCAAGAUCCAAAAUGACUCUUGAUCCAUUUGAUAGAUAACCAGGAACAGUUCCAUCAUGUUCUGAAGCUCAAGGAUUAUUUUAUUACUUUACUAAUCCUGAAUUCGUAAAAGCUAUUAAUGUUGAUACAUCCAAAUUAAAAAAAGAGUGGGAGGAUUGUAGUAGUACCAUUAAAUACACAAAGGAUCCAAGAGCCACAUAUUACUUAUAUCCAAAAUUAAUCAAGAGUGGAAUUAGAAUACUUAAAUUUAGUGGAGAUGUAGAUGGUGUUGUACCAAUUACUGGAACAUUCUUUUGGUUGAAUAAUUUAUAAAAUGAAAUGGGUUUAGAUACACAUUAAUAUUUUAGGUUUGCAUACAAUUGAACCAUGGAGAUCUUGGACUAUUCCAGGAAAUAAAAGUGGAGAAGAUUAGAAUGCAGGAAAUGUAUGGAUUUUGGAUGGAUUGUGGUUUGUGACAAUUAGAAAUGCUGGACAUAUGGUUCCUAUGGAUUAACCAAUGGCUGCAUUAAUUAUGAUAAAUAAUUUCAUAUACGGAAUCCCAUUGCCUUAUUGA